AUGGCUUCUCUGUUGGGGAUGCCGGUCGAGGUCCAGUGGCAGAUAUUUCAUCGACUUCUGCAUGCUCACGCCGAAAACGAAAAUUCCGAGUCCAGGCCCUAUGGUGACACCUGGGAAAGCACAUUAGUGCAUCACACUGCCCUCGGGAACCUCUCGGGAACCUGCAAACACCUCAACGCGACCACGGCCCCUCUGCUUUAUCAACGGGUCAACGUUUCGAUCUGCUAUCCUGCCACGUUCAUCCUAGUUCUCCGGCAUUUUUCCCGAUUUCCCAAGCAUGCAGCGUUUGCCAGGGACCUCACCAUCGACAGCGACUACACCUGUUCUCCUUGUUCCAAAUCGCAGAGGUACUUUCUUGUCCAAGAGGCAUAUCGCUUGGGUCUCGAUCUAUCAUUCAAAGGCAACGGCCGAUGGCCUCAAUUCGGAUCGCUCUUGAUUGACGUGGCCUUGUGCCAUCUUUCCGCCAUUCAGAAACUCAAACUCAUCCUGCCUUUGAUCACAUCGAGUAACGAAGAAUGGUGUCCAGUUUCCCCCAACGAAGCCAACCCGUUCCGCUCGGUCGAGUUCGAGUAUGCGAGUCGAUUACCCCCCUCGUUUGUUUUGUGCUCUCUGCAACGCCCUCCUGAAGGCCCUGCUGCCGUUGAAGGAGACUAUCCGCAACUUGGGCCUCGACUGUAG